AUGACAUGGUUUACGCCCUACGCCGCUCGUGGCCUUGGCUUGGCCCUGGCCCUGGCCGUUGCUCUGGUUGUCUUCUGGGAACACCUCACCAUUGCUCGGCGAUUUGCCCUAGAGAACCAGAGACUGGGUCACUCGCCCGCCGUCACACAGCCUCACAAGCCCGCUCGUACCGCCCCUGUCUUUGCUUCCCAUGCGCAGGUCGAAGACUCGAGAUUGAGCCGAACAAACGCCGAUGUUGUGGACAACUCUGGUAGCGAGAGAGCUGGUACCGACUCUGGAACUACCUCAUGGCGCCCGCGUUUGGCUGUGCAUUGCUUUGCGUUUGAUCGACCCGAGCACUUUGAGCGACUGUGGUCUUCUUUGCAUAGGGCCCAACCUGCACAGACCCUGGACGUGCAUUUUGUCCUGCACGUGGAUUUCGACCCCCUCAAUAGCACUGAAUGGCUGCAGACGGUCGCGACUGCCCAUGCCCUGUCGGGCACCAGGACCAAGCACGGGCCCGUAGCCACCAUCUUUGCGACCGGCAGUCAUGGCCUCCGCGCCACCAUGCUCGAGGCCUGGACCCCCAUGGAUGGUGAAUUUGCCAUGUUCCUUGAAGAUGACAUUGAGGUCUCAGAGCUGAUCUUCACUUUUGCUGAACGGUUUAUCGCGACGUAUGGUCUGGCCUCCAACCCAGACCCCAGCGUGAUGGGCUACAAGCUUUAUAACCAAAAGUGGGAUGAGGUCAAUCAACGCUAUGAGCGCCCAAUCCUGAACAACUUUGCCCCCUUCAAGAUUCAGGAGCCCUGUAGCUGGGGUACAGUCUUUGCACCUGGUCCUUAUCGCCAGUACCUCAAGUGGUACCUGCACAAUCAAAACAAGGAUCCGUACGUGCCCAACGCUUGGAGCAACACUUGGGAUGCUCAACGCAGCGCCAAAAAAUUCCUCCAGCGCUACAUGUGGGAGGAAAGUCUUGUGCUCAUUGCCAUCAAUCUCCCCGAGCACCUGUCGCUCACCACGCCCCGCAUCGAUGCGGCGGGCACGAACAUUAAAGUACAAUGGUUGGGCUACCUGCGCGAACGCCUUGAGGUGCCCCUUAUCACGGCUCGAGACCUCAAGCGCCUCAAGGCGCGCCAUUUUGAUCCCUUUGCUCUGCCUCCAGCCAACAAGCUCCUCAUCCUCAAUCUCACGCACGACCAAGUCCCCGAGCUUUCUCAACCCAAGCCAGCCAUGCUUCGUAUCCUGGACGGGGAUCAGCUGCCACCUCGUGAGGUCUUGGACCCCAUCCACUACCGUGGUGCUCGGUUUCGCAUCUUGGACCGUGCGCUGACCAAGGUGCGAGCCAUGCUCAUAAACCCCAGGCUCCCACAGCCCACGCACCAGAGCCUAUCUCCGGCCGAAGGCGCUGCGCUGCAAAUCAUUCUCUCCGCCCCCGUUGAAAAGGAUGGAGGGGGUCUGGGCCAAGACUAUGUGCGCCGCAUCACGGAUCGUGGAAUCCUCUUCACGCUGGCCAAGAUGUUCAUGCCUUCUGCGCAGCGUUUAGCUUUUGUCCUGGAUACCCAGUACGGGCUAACGAACCGUCUUCGAGCGUAUGGCUCGGCCAAAGCCAUUGCCGAUGGCUCGGGGCGCUUCCUCGUGGUACUGUGGGAGCUGGAUGCACACUGCCAAGCGCCCAUGAAUGACUUGUUUGAACAACCCGUGGGCAUACACGUGCUGGUGAAUGGCGAGCCGCUCCGUGAGCUCUUGCGCAAGACGCAUCUGAGCGGCCAUUUCCAACAGUUUGAUUUGAUGGAUCCUGCGCAAAAAACGCGCAACGUCGAUGGGCGGAUUACGAGCCACAUAUAUGUGCGAAGCGCUUUUCAGAUCAACUCCAAAAUGGGGUACGGCAUUGCCAACGUGCUGGCCAUGCGUGAGCUUAUUCAACAGCCAGCCCCGCCCGUGCAGCGUGUGUUGGAUACUUACUAUGCGACGCUACCCAAGACGCCCUCGGGGGCAGCCGGGCCGGCCGCGCAACGUCGCAUGGUAGGGGCCCACAUCCGAAUGGUACACUCUGUGGCCCGCGACACGCCUGGCCUUUCGGGCGGGGAGGCCUUGCGAAUGGAACUGGCCACAGCUUUUCGCGUGUCGUGUCACUAUCGUUACUUUCGCGAAAUGAUGCAGACAUUCCCACAAUCCACGACUUUUUUCAUCAGUGCAGACUCGCCUGCUGCCUACCGUGCUUUCAAGGAGGACAAGGAGUUUGCUUCCCGCGUCUUUUACAGUGAUUCAAAUGAGUGCACAGAGCGGACGGCUCGCUGCAUGCAGUUUGCCGCUGCCGAUUUGAUCUUGCUCACGCAGACUUCAAAGCUCUUGACGAGCAAAUGGUCUGCGUUUUCAGAGACGGCAGGCCGCAUUAGUGGCGUGCCCACCAUCAACGCUUGCGAUGAGCCGGAGGGCGGUUGGAAGCUCAACCUGCCCUCUGAGCUUUCAAAACAAAUCAUCGAUUACCUGCAAUCCCACAACUUUCGCAACGUGAGCCGGGUCCAGGCCGCCCUGGCCCAAUUUCUACACCAACCAGCUUCCAAACCUUGA